UGAAAUGCAGGCGGGCUGGUGACGUCACGGCGGCGGAGCUCUGAGGUACCGGAGUGAGUGUCGGAGCUUCAGCGGCGCGGGUUGAGUUGUGUUUAAAGAUCCGAGGUGAGGUCGGCGAUCAUGGCAGGCUUCAGACAGGAGGAUGUGGAGAAGUUUUAUGAGAUGGGUGAAGAGCUGGGCAGCGGGCAGUUCGCCAUCGUGCGUAAGUGCCGCGAGAAGAGCUCGGCCACCGAAUACGCCGCCAAGUUCAUAAAGAAGCGUCGCCUGUCGUCGAGCCGGCGGGGCGUGAGCCGGGAGGAGAUCGAGCGCGAGGUGAACAUCCUGCGUGAGAUCCAGCACCCCAACAUCAUCACGCUCCACGACAUCUUCGAGAACAAGACGGACGUGAUCCUGAUCCUGGAGCUGGUGUCCGGCGGCGAGCUCUUCGACUUCCUGGCCGAGAAGGAGUCGCUGAGCGAGGAGGAGGCCACGCAGUUCCUCAAGCAGAUCCUGGACGGGGUUCAUUACCUCCACUCCAAAAACAUCGCUCACUUCGACCUCAAGCCGGAGAACAUCAUGCUGCUGGAUAAGAACGUUCCAAACCCCAGGAUCAAACUCAUCGACUUCGGCAUCGCUCACCAGAUAAAGGAGGGAAACGAGUUCAAGAACAUCUUCGGGACGCCCGAGUUCGUUGCUCCUGAGAUCGUGAACUAUGAACCUCUGGGAUUAGAAGCAGAUAUGUGGAGUAUCGGUGUUAUCACCUAUAUUUUGUUGAGCGGCGCGUCUCCUUUCCUUGGAGAAACCAAACAGGAAACGCUGACCAACAUCUCGGCGGUGAAUUAUGAUUUCGAUGAGGAAUAUUUCAGCAACACCAGCGAACUGGCUAAAGAUUUCAUCCGCCGGCUCCUGGUUAAAGAUCCCAAGAAGAGGAUGACGAUUCAGGACAGUCUGGAACAUCCCUGGAUCAAGGUGAUAAAGCGGCGUAACGUGCGUCCGGAGGAAAACGGCGGGCGGCGUGGCGAGCGGCGGCGCCUGAAGACCACCCGUCUGAAGGAGUACACCAUCAAAUCUCACUCCAGCAUGCCGCCCAACAACACCUACGUCAACUUCGAGCGCUUCUCCCGCGUGCUGGAGGAGAUCGGCACGGCCGAGGAGGCGCUACGUCAGCUGGAGCGGAACCGCCGCGCCUGCCGCGACGACGUCACCGCCCUGACCUCCAUCUUCGAGGAGAAGGAGGGCUGGUACAAGGAGGAGAACGACAGCAUCGGCUCGGAGCUGAGCCGGAUCCGGGGGGAGCUGCAGCUCACGCAGGGCCAGCGGCGGCAGAACCAGGAGGACGUGCGCACCACCACGCUGGCCGCUAACGCCGUGAAGCGCAAGUUCACCCGGCUCCAGGGCCGCUACGACGCGCUGGCUGAGCAGGUCGCCUCCGAGGUGCGCUGGGUGGAAGAGUUGGUGCGCUCCAUCGCCGUCGACAACCAGGAGACGCACACCGGCCUGGCAUGAUCACGCUGCUAGCACGAGCUAGCGCCCACUAUGCUAUAAGUACAUAUUAGUAAUGCUAUUUAUAUUAUAACUGGUUACCACAAACCUAUAUCAGCAUGGGCGGAGUUUAAGUUAAAUUGAUCAUCCAAUUACAUUUUAGUCGUAUAACAUCGCUAAAAGUGCUGCUUAGCAUCAAGUGCUGCUGCGUGAUAUAUUACGUUAGCAAUGUUAGCUAAGCUAAGCAGCAACCCCAGUGCUACAAGGUUAGCUAGCAACCGUGUCAGCUGAUGGUCGAUAUUUCUAAUAUAUAAGUAUACAAAUGACUUCUAUUUUAAUAUUAGUUUGUAGUCUUGCUAAAUGCAAAUGAGGAAUAGCUUAGUCAUAUCCAAUUCCCCAGCUGUAUCUCCUCUACUGCUGCAGCCCGCGAUUCUGACCGAGGAGGGUCGUAUCUCUUCUACCGCUUCUUUUCACCUGCACGAGUCAGGCACUGCUCUCCGUUAUUCAUCGUCUCGGUGCAGCACCUCGACCAGCCAGCAGAGGGCGUAACUACAGCAGCAGUAAUAAAAUCAGUUCUGAAUCAGCCAGUCUGGUCAGAGCUCGGGAUCUCAGCAGUGGUGGGUCAGCGUGUUAGAGCGCUGCGCCACCCGAGCGCCCAGAUUAGCAUAAAGUCUUAAUUGUUUAGCUUCCGGCUGAACAUGAUAUUUAUUUUUCUAAGUGAGAACAGAGCGCAUCUAAAUUUAUUAUUAAAUAUUCUGUAUCAUUGUUUCCCCUCUGAAAAUAUAUAUAAUUUAAAGUGCAAUCAUACACUACCUGGCCAAAAGUAUUUGGACACCCUAACCUGAGCUGGUCGUAUUCUGGUUUAGCGAUUGCUGUGGCUGAAACACAUGAAAUUAAUCAUUACUAGGGCGUCCUAAUACUUUUCUCCAUAUAGUGUCUAAAUUCAUCAUCUCAGUUUGUGAAUCUAAACUUUGCGUAUAUUUUUUUUUCUUUUUGCACUAUAGACGGGCGUCUCCGUGUCUAAAUAAAUAAAUGCUGAAUAUUUUCGGUUGGUGCUGAAAAUGUUUCAACUGAAAACGUCGUGUUCACGGUUCGUUCUUUAUAUUUCGCUGGUUCGUGUGUAGCUACAGUCGAGCUGGUUUUAGUUUGUUGGGCGUGGCGUAUCGGCGCUACUUUACACCCAUCAAUCAGCAGGUCACUUCAUGGUGCUCUUAUUUAGUUCCUGUUUUGCUGUCACUAUAUUGUCGUUAUUUUGCGUAUGCAGUAGUAAUAAAGAUACGUUAAGGCGGCGCUGUAAUGAGCUUUAUAAACAGUCGUAAACUUCGCUGUAUUUACUGAACUAUCGUUGCAUUAAUGUGUUCUGACACUAGAGUGCGCUACCGAUACGGUAGAAAAUAACUUAUGGAACACUAGCUAGAGGGAAUCGUUUGAGUCUGAUAUUAUAUAAAUAUAUUUUCUUAUUUGUAGUCACACUUCGAUCAUUCCAUGUUUACGACAUUCCACACCGCGGUAGUGAAACUACAUAAACACGUGAAUACUGUACGUACGACACUUUGACCUUUUCUGUUCUUUCUGUUUAUAAAUAAAGGAAAUAAACGCCG